AUGUUUCAGCGUCGCACAGUAGUUGCUGCCAAGCGCUCCGUCGCUCAAUGGAGGAGUCUCGCAACUGCGUCUCCCGUGAGUUCCACGCGAAACCAUAAGAUUGUAGUGGUCGGUGGUGGUAGUGCUGGCCUCACCAUCAGCCACCAGCUUCUGAACACUGGCAAAUUUGCGCAAGAUGACAUUGCUGUCAUUGAUCCAGCUGAAUGGCAUCACUACCAACCCGGCUGGACACUGGUUGGCGGCGGCCUCAAGCACAAAGAGGAUCUGCGCAAGCCACUGAACACCUUGAUUGAUCCCAAGUUCAAGUUCUAUAACGAGGGCGUUGGCGCUUUUGCCCCCGCUGAAAAUGCGCUCACCCUUGAGAGUGGCGACAAGAUCAACUACGAGCAUCUGGUUGUCGUGCCCGGUAUUAGCAUCAACUAUGGCAAUAUCAAGGGUCUCCCUGAGGCUCUGGCAGACCGGAACUCCACAGUUUCGACUAUCUAUAGCUACGACACGUGUGACAAAGUUUUCCGCACCAUUGAAAACUUCCGCGAAGGCAACGCUAUUUUCACUCAGCCAGCCGGUGUGCUCAAGUGUGCAGGCGCUCCGCAGAAGAUCAUGUGGCUUGCCUUGGACCACUGGAAACAAGCUGGUCUCUACAACCCAACCAGCCCCUCUGAGUCACCUGUGAAGAUUAGCUAUGCAACCGGUCUCCCCGUGAUGUUCGGUGUGCCCAAGUACAGCGCCAUCCUCGAGCAGAUGCGGAAGGAUCGCGGUGUUGAGGGAUUGUUCCAGCACGAUCUUCUUGCUAUUGAUGGCAAGGCUGCCAUUUUCUCCUCCCCCGAGGGAGAGGUCACCAGACAAUUCGACCUCUUGCACGUCUCCCCCAAGAUGGGCGCUCAUGCUUUCGUGAAGAACAGCCCUCUGGCCAACGAGGCUGGAUUCGUCGAUGUGGAUGACAACAGCACUCGCCACAAGAAAUUCCCCAACGUCUGGUCUGUCGGCGAUGCUUCCAGUUUGCCCACAUCCAAGACCGCUGCAGCGAUCACUUCCGAGGCACCGGUUCUUGUUCGCAACCUUCUGCAGAGCAUGGAGGGCAAGGAACUCGAUGCUUCUUACGACGGAUACACUUCGUGCCCGCUCUUGACUCAGUAUGGCAAGGUCCUUCUUGCUGAGUUCAAGUACGGCGGAGUGCCCAAGGAGACAUUUGGAGACUGGUUCGGUAUUGACCAGGGUGAGCCUCGUCGUGCGUUCUGGCACUUGAAGAAGGACUUCUUCCCUUGGGUAUACUAUAAAUACAUGGUCAAGGGUCACUGGGGUGGACCAAACGGCUGGCAAUAG